GGCCCGGCCCGGCCCCGCCGGGCUCCGCCGGCCCCUUCCGAGGGGGAGGUGCCGCUGCCGGGGCCGUCCUCGGUUCCGCCGCCCCACGGGGGCUGCCCGGCUCGGCCGCCCACCGAGCCCCCUCCUGCCAUGCCGGUGACAGUGACCUUGCCCGGGCCGGCCCCCUGGGGCUUCCGCAUCGCCGGGGGAAGGGAUUUCGGGAAGCCCAUCACCGUCUCCAAGGUGGCAGAGCAGGGGAAGGCAGCCGGGGCUGACCUGCGGCCGGGGGACGUCAUUGUCACCAUCAACGGGGAGAGCACGGCCGAGAUGCUCAACGUGGAGGCACAGAACAAGAUCAGGAGGAGCCCUGGGGAGCUGCAGCUGCAGGUGGAGAGGUCCCUGAUGCCACCCUCCAGCCACACCAACGGGGACACAUCACCAGAGAGGCUGGCCACACGCUUCCAGGACACAAUGCAGAUGCAGGACAAGAGCCAGGGCACCCUAAGGGCAUCCUGCCCCAGCCUGGCAUCCCACAGCUCCCUGCCUGGCAGUGGCAGCCCGGGGUCGGAGCCAGCCAUGAGGCGUUUGGAGGAGGACUCCGAAGUCUACAAAAUGCUGCAGGAAAACCGGGAGCUGAGGGCGGCCCCGCGGCAGUCCAGCACCUUCCGGCUGCUGCAGGAGGCGCUGGAGGAUGAGGAUGGAGCUCCUCACCCCAGCUGGAUCUCGCCCGGCAGCCGUGCACCGGGGGCUGGGGGCCAGAAGCUUCACCUCUGCGAGAAGUGUGGCAGCAGCAUCGCAACGCAGGCGGUGCGCAUCCGCGAGGGGCGGUACCGGCACCCCGCCUGCUACUGCUGCGCCGACUGCGGCCUCAACCUGAAGAUGCGAGGCCACUUCUGGGGGGGCGAGGAGCUCUACUGCGAGAAGCACGCACGACUGCGCUACCAGGGCACCCCCCCCGCCGCCCCCCACCACUCCUGAGCCCC